ACCGAGACGCUGUGGUCGCUGCAGACGGGCGUCUGGCGUCAAUUAAUCCAGUCAGACGUGCGUAAUUGGGGGAUGGACGCAGCCACGUAGCCUGAGUCACGGCGGACACUCGACGGGGUGAACCUGCAUGUUCACAUAUCUCUAUUUCUAAGCCUGCGCAUCCGGCACAGGGGACGCGGUGACGCACGCCGCGUCCCUUCAGCAGGCGCGUCGCUCAGCAUGCACGGGGAGAAAGGAUGCGCGGCGUCGCACGCGCGCCUCGGAGGUGUUGUCGUCUCCACAGAUCCUCCUGGACUGUUCCAGCAGCUGAAGAAUCAAACUGCCAGAGGAUGCGCUGACAAAAUGAUGGUAAAACUACUACAGUCUCACAGCCUCUGAAUCAUGGGAAACGUGGAGAGUCAGAACGGGGACCAUGCCCUCUGCGGUAACGACCGUGGCUACUUGUCACGAAAGCAAAUGUCUCGGUCUCUGCGCGUCUCCAACAAGCAGCCCAGACGCUCUCGAUACGCUUCGUCUGGGAAAAUAGAGCACAGGAACUCUGAGACCAGCACCCGCUCCAGUAGCACCCCCAGCAUCCCACAGUCCCUGGCCGACAACGGCCUGGAGCCCUUCAACGAGACAAAUGUCCUCCCAGACUUUGGAAGCCCCAUCUGGGUGGACCGUGUUGCCAUGAACCUGAGGCCCGUGUCCUUUCUCAAUGAGCUGGCCAGUCCGUCAGUCCACAUAACCCUACCAGGCCCAACUGCAGAGGAGGUGCAGGAUGCGGAGGAGUACCUGGGUGAGGUGACGUACCUCCAGAAAACCCGGGACGGCUCCAAGGAAGCCGUCGGUUUCAAGAAGAAGAGGUCCAAAUCUGCAGACAUGUGGCGGGACGACAGCUUGGAGUUCUCCCUGUCCGACCUCAGCCAGGAGCACCUGACCAGCACGGAGGAGAUCAUCGAACCGGUGGACGACAGACGCUUCACUGGCUGCAAAGGCCACCUGCAGUCCAGCCCCACCGACUCCACGGACCGGGCCAACUCCCUGGACGAGCUGUACAGCCAGAAGAGCCCCCCCCGCCGGCAGCCCCACGCCCGCUACGCCAACUGGCACGGAGCCAACCGGACCGUCAGGGAGGGCGAGGACGACAAGAUGCUCUCUCCGUCCGAGGAGGACGGGAACCCCUACGGCGCCUACACCCUUCCCUGCCGGCGCUCCCACUGCCUGUCCGAGGGCCUGAGCGGCCACCAGGCUGCCGUGUGUGCCAGUAUGCAAGGCAGGAGGGCGCAGACCAUCCAGGAUGUCACCGCCGGCGAGGGCAGCGAGUACGAGGACAGCGGCAUCGGCGGCCUGAGCGCCGAGGCGGAGCACCAGUCCCGCCGCUACAAGACCAUGUCGGCGUCCUUCUCCAUGUGCUCGGCGCACGGCCGCGGCCUGUUCGCCGGCAGCGACAGCGGCAGCAGCAGCGGGGGCGGGGCCAGCGAGUGCGCGCAGGGCGUGUACGAGAACUUCCGCCAGGAGCUGGAGAUGAGCUCCUGCCAGACGGAGAGCCCCGAGGAGGCGGGCUCGGCCCUCAGCGACGAGCAGAGCACCAUGAGCUCGGCCUACCAGACCGACCCGCUGCUCGGCGCCACCCAGGGCACGGUGCGCAAGGCCGGCCGGCUCGCCGUCAAGAACUUCCUGGUGCACAAGAAGAACAAGAAGGUGGAGUCGGCCACCAGGCGCAAGUGGAAGAGCUACUGGGUUUCCCUGAAAGGUUGCACCCUGUUCUUCUAUGAGACCGACGGCCGAUCGGUGAUAGACAACAACAGCGUUCCCAAGCAUGCCAUCUGGGUGGAGAACAGUAUAGUGCAGGCUGUGCCGGAGCAUCCCAAAAAGGACUACGUCUUCUGCCUGAGCAACUCCCUGGGAGAUGCUUUUCUCUUCCAGACCUGCAGCCAGACGGAGCUGGAGAACUGGAUCACGGCCGUGCACUCGGCGUGCGCCACCGCGGUCGCCCGCCAGCACCACCGGGAGGACACGGUGCGGCUGCUCCGGGCCGAAAUCAAGAAGCUGGAGCAGAAGAUCGACAUGGACGAGAAGAUGAAGAAGAUGGGGGACAUGCAGCUGUCGGCCGUCACCGACACCAAGAAGAGGAAGACCAUCCUGGAUCAAAUCUUCCUGUGGGAGCAGAACCUGGAGCAGUUUCACAUGGACCUCUUCCGGUUCCGGUGCUACCUGGCCAGUCUUCAGGGAGGAGAGCUGCCCAACCCCAAACGCCUCCUGGCCUUCGCCUCCCGUCCCACUAAGCUGGCGAUGGGACGACUGGGCAUUUUCUCAGUCUCUUCCUUUCAUGCACUGGUGGCGGCUCGCACAGAAACAGGAGUGAGGCGUCGCGCUCAGGCCAUGUCUCGGUCCUGCAGCAAACGCAAGAGCCGGUUCUCCUCCCUCUGGGGCCUGGACACUACCUCAAAGAAAAAGACUAAAGCCCAUCCCACCAUCAACCAGGUGUUUGCUGACGGGGAGAAGCCAGCGAAAGCGUCCGUAGAUGGAAUAUAUGUCAAUACUUCUGAGAAACAUGCAAAAAGCGAGGACGGCGCCGUGAAAAGCCUCCCCAGCACCGACAGCGACAUCUGGGUCCCGGACCACCUCACCCCUUCGUGGGUGUGUCUGCCCAACGACCAGCCGGUGCUGACCAUCAUCCAGCCCGGGGAGUCGGCGCUGUGCGUCCUGGAAACCAUCUGCAAGGCUCAUCAGCUCGAUCCCACAAAACACUACUUGCGUCUCAAAUUCCUGAUUGAAAACCAGGUGCAAUUCUAUAUUCCCAAACCAGAGGAGGACGUGUGCGACCUGCUUUACAAAGAAAUUGAGCUCUGCUCCAAAAUAACGAAAGUGAUCCAGUUUGACAGAGAUGAAUCCUGCAUGAUUGGUUACGGUUUCUCCAUUUCAGUGGUGGAGGAGGAUGCAGUACAGCAGCUCUACAUCACUGAUGUGAAGGCGGGCGGAUUAGCCUUCGCCAAAGGUCUGAAUGCAGGCGAUGAAAUCCUGCAGCUGAACGGAAAGGACUCCCGCAGCCUCAACUUCUCUGACAUGAAGGCGGCGUUCGCUCAGGCCUCGCUGGCUUUGACGGUGAACACCCUCCCCCCCGUGGACCGCCGUCAGCUGUGCUACCUGCCGCCGCGGCGCUCGGACGCCGAGGACGACCUGUACACCGACAUCUUCUCACAGAGCCAAGAGGAGAUCCUGGACGACGGCGUGGGACUGUUGCUGGAGAGCUCGGGGGACAGCCUGGAUGACGACCUGGACAUCUUCAGUGACUUUGAUGAAUGCAGGAAGAGCACAGAACAGGUCGCCGCUUUCUGCCGCAGCCUCCAUGACAUGAAUCCCUCCGAGUGCGUGUCCUCGUCGCCGAGCCCCGACUCGCCCUUCCCACCUCCUGCUACUCUCCGGCAGCUCUCCGACGCGGACAAGCUCCGCAAAGUCAUCUGUGAACUGGUGGAGACGGAGCGGACCUAUGUCAAAGACCUUAAUUGCCUCAUCGGGAGAUAUUUAACCCCCCUCCAGAAGGAGACCUUCCUCACUCAGGAUGAGUUGGACGUUCUCUUUGGGAACUUACCAGAAAUGGUGGAGUUCCAAGUCGAGUUCCUCAAGACCCUGGAAGAUGGGACGAGACUGGUUCCAGAUCUGGAGAAGCUGGAACGAGUGGAUCAGUUUAAGAAAAUCCUGUUCUCGCUCGGAGGCUCGUUCCUCUACUAUGCAGAUCGAUUCAAAAUCUACAGUGCUUUCUGUGCCAGCCACACCAAAGUCCCCAAGGUCCUUGUGAAGGCAAAAACGGACUCGGACUUCAAGGCCUUCCUGGAUGAGCGCAACCCCAAGCAGCAGCACUCGUCCACGCUGGAGUCGUACCUGAUCAAGCCCAUCCAGCGGGUGCUGAAGUACCCGCUGCUGCUCAAGGAGCUCUACUCGCUCACCGACCCCGACAGCGAGGAGCACUACCACCUGGACGUUGCCAUGAAAGCCAUGAACAAAGUUGCCAGCCACAUUAACGAGAUGCAGAAGAUCCACGAGGAGUUCGGGGCCGUGUUCGAUCAGCUGAUCACCGAGCAAAGCGGUGAAAAGAAGGAGGUUGCUGACCUGUCAAUGGGCGACCUGCUGCUCCACACUAACGUGACCUGGAUCAAUCCUCCCACCUCCUUAGGGAAAUGGAAGAAGGAGCCUCAGUUGGCCACUUUUGUAUUCAAAACAGCAGUGGUCUUCGUUUGCAAGGACGGUUCCAAGCAGAAAAAGAAAAUGGGCGGCUCCCACAGAGCGUCCGUAUCCGCCGAUGACAAAGACCCUUUCCGAUUCCGCCACAUGAUUCCGACUGACACCCUUCAGGUCAGAUCUUUGGCCAAUGCAGACGGCGAGAGCGCCGCCGUGUGCGAGAUCGUCCACACAAAGUCUGAGUCCGAGGGCCGUCCGGAGAGGAGCUUCCAGCUGUGCUGCAGUUCUCCAGAGGGCAGAAAGGACUUCCUGAAGACGGUCCACUCCAUCUUAAGGGAGAAGCACCGCCGGCAGCUCCUGAAAACCGAGAGCCUGCCGCUCAGCCAGCAGUACGUGCCCUUCGGAGGAAAGCGACUGUGCGCCCUGAAGGGAGCCCGUCCCGUCAUAAAUAGAGCAGCAUCCGCCCCAACAAGGACUCUGGGCAGGAGGAAGCUUGUGCGCAACCGCUUCACUAUCGACACAGACAUUGUUUUUGAUGGAGAUGUCGAGCAGGACCUUGCUUCACCACAAGAGCCCGACCCGAGUCUGCAGCAGCAGCAGCAGCAGCAGCAGCACGGCGGUCUGGAGCAGCAGAGCCAGUCUGAGCUGGGAGGAGACACCGACCGCUGGGUGGAGGAGCAGUUUGACCUAGAGGGGUACGAGGACCAGGAGGAGGUGAAGGAGACGGACAUCCUGAGCGACGACGACGGCGACGAGCUCCGCCACACGCCCGCGGCCGCCUCCGCCGAGGCCGAACUGGAGGCCCCGGUCAUGGCCUUGUCCCUGCACGGCGAGGAGACGGGCCGGAGCGGGAGCCUCGAGUCCCCGGGGGACAGCGAGAGCGCCGAGGAGGCAAAGCCGCCCGGUGACGCCGCCGAAAACCCAACGCUUUGUGAGGAGGACAAGGUUUGGGUGAGAAGAGAGUGAUGGGAGGAGGCC